CGCAGUGCCCGCCCCAUUGCCACUUGUCCCCGUUCGGCGGCCAUAGCGGCGCGGGGCCGGCGGUAUGUUCCGCAUCGAGGGGCUGGGGCCCAAGGUGGACCCUGAGGAGCUGCGGCGGAGGAUGCGCCGCGACGUCCUCGCUUCCGUCCGCAACUUCCUCGUCUACGUGGCGCUGCUGCGGAUCGCUCCUUUCAUCUUGAAGAAGCUGGACAGUAUAUAAGCGCUGAUGAGCUGCAAAGACAUGGCUGCUGAAAACGUUACAUGGACUGUAGCUGCUUUCCGUUUUUGGUUAAUUAAACCUUGUGCCAGAGACAGGCAUCCGAUACUAAAUGGUGUUGAAAGUUGACAUUUAAGCAUAUCUGACCUGAGAAUGAUAUCUUGGGAGAUGUCAGUUUUUCGUGCAGCUGACUUCUGGUCACAGAAUACUCUGUAUGACAGAAAGCAGUAGGUUAUGAUGGAACACUUCUGGUACUGUUUAAAAAAAAAAAAAAAAAAAAAAAAAAAAAAAAAAAAACAUCUCCAUCUUUCCAUCUUCUUUUUGUAUAAAGUGCUAGCAUGUCGCUUGGUUAUGCAUCUGCCUCUAAAUUGCCACAUGGCUGUCGAUAUUACUGAACCUGUCUGUAUGAGAAAUUAUGUUGUUAAUGAAUCUAAUGCAGAAGGUUGAUUUAAAAUAAAUGGAAGAGCAGUCCUAUCAAUUAACAAA